CAGGGCCGGGCCGGGCGGCGGCGGCGCCGGGCGAACGGGCAAGGGGGAGGAAGGAAGGAAGAAGGAAAGAAGGAAAGGAAGGACGGACCGAGCGACGCGGCGCCAGGUCGGAGGAGCUGCGGCCGCGCCCGUGCGUGUCGGCGGGUGGCCAGGAUGGACCACCAGCCCGUCAGCCGCUACCAAGUGCUCCACAAUGAGGAUGACCCCCCAGAGUCUUCAGCAGCUGAGCAGCCUUCGACGUCUGCAGAGACUCCGCAGCCUCCGCAGACAGCAGCCUUACCUGAGGCAGAUACUUCCCCUCCUCCUUACUGUAGCAUAGCUGUGGAAGCAGCUGCAACCUCAGACUCACACAAUGAGUUUUAUCCUGUACCACCUCCAUACAGUGUAGCUACCUCUCUUCCUACAUACGAUGAAGCAGAGAAGGCCAAAGCUGCAGCCAUGGCAGCUGCUGCAGCUGAAGUUGCCCAGCGACACGCCCAGUUUAGGGAAUCUAGGAGUCUGUUUGAUGAAAUAUUCCUCAGUCGUCCAGAGGAAGAAGAGUAUCCACCACGGGAUGAUUUCAGUGAUGCAGAUCAGCUUAGAGUGGGCAAUGAUGGCAUCUUCAUGUUGGCAUUUUUCAUGGCAUUUAUUUUCAACUGGAUUGGAUUUUGUUUAUCCUUCUGUAUAACAAAUACCAUAGCUGGAAGGUAUGGUGCAAUCUGUGGAUUUGGUCUCUCCCUGAUCAAAUGGAUUCUCAUUGUACGGUUUUCAGAUUAUUUUACUGGAUAUUUCAAUGGACAGUACUGGCUUUGGUGGAUAUUUCUUGUACUUGGACUCCUCCUGUUCUUUCGAGGCUUUGUUAAUUAUCUUAAAGUCAGAAAUAUGUCUGAAAGCAUGGCAGCUGCUCACAGAACAAGAUUUUUUUUCUUGUACUGAAGACUGCAUCGAACAGACAUUCCUUUCCUAUGCUGGUGUGAAACUUCCAGACGAUCUGUAACCCUCCAAGUUAAUAAGAUAGAAGACUACUAAAACCAGAAGACAAAUUAAUGAAAAUAUGGCUUCAAAAAUGAAUGACAGGAUGGUUUAUGAUCAAGUACCAGUUCUGGUCAUUCUAGUAAAUAUUUAUAGUUGCUGCCUUUUGUUUUAGCACAUUUGGAUAUGUGCUCGUUAGAAAGAUGGUGUUGAAGUAAAAACAAACUAUCUGUAAGUAUAGAUUAGGUACAGACAGACUCAGUUAAUCUGUGCUUGUUGUAUCUGAAAGAUUUGAGUGGUAUCUUUUUUCACAACUUGUAGGUACCGCUGACUUGGUGAUCUGAAUUUCUGAGUACAAUGAAAUGCAUUAAAUGAUUCAGAUUAAGCAGUUCAGAUAGUUUUCUUUUAUAUGAUUUAGAUUCAUCUAAUGACUGUAUAGAACAUUUUUAAGUUUACUAAACCCCAAAGCUCUUUGUCACAAACUUAGAUUUGCCAAUAUUGAAUUCAAACCAGUAUACUGGUUUGUGCUAAAACUGAUACACUUUGAGUCCCCUGUAAAUAACUCUGCAUAAAUGACUGUUUUAAUUGCUUCUUAGGAAAUAUGUCAAAAUAUAUUUUGUAACAGCAUAUUCUCUAAAUUUUGUUUAAUCUUAGAGCUAUAUACAUAUUUUUUGUUAAUUGGCUAUUAAAAGUUUAGUUAGUAGUAGAUGUAAUUUUGGAGGUUUGCAUUCUUGAGGUCACUAUAAAUACAACAUCCACAUUGAGUGCUUCUCAAAUAAAAAUCAUACAACUACUUUGUAAUGCUUGUUUAGAAUAAAUACUACUUUCAUAAGAACAAACUAGUUUAAAUGCAAGGUAAUUUGGGAAGUAAUCGAUGAAGGAAAAAGAUUUUUUUAAAGCUCUGAAAGUAGAAAAUGUGUUUUACCUCGCCCUUAAUUCAUUUAAGGUAUACCAUUUUGUUCUUAUAAAUAUCAUCUCUUUAAGGGGUACUGUCUACAGUUCAUGCACAUGUAGUUUCUUUUAAAGUUUGUGAAAUUUAUGCUUCUUCUUUAAACAGGAGAAGACAUCUCUCAGUCCUUUGUACAACUGGAAUCUCAGUUGCAAAAAUACAUUGGCUGUUGUUUGCACCUUUGAGGAAAAAAAGUACAAAUAGUUUCCUCCAUUUUUAUUUUUAAUUAGAAUUCUGCUUUUUUACUAACAUUAAAACCAGUGAGGUUUAUGUUGUGUUAAGCUAGUGCUGUAUUGAGUUUUGUAUCUAUAAUGAAUGUUUGAAAUAUACAUAUGUAAACAUUUUCAUUUUCCUAAUCUUUCAGAGAUAACUGAUAGUGACUAAAACUUUAGGGGCACCUCUACUUCUUAGCUUUUUAUGGAGAGAAGAAAGUUAAGUACUAUGUUCAAUAUCCUAUUGGGAUUUCCUUCUAAACUUCUAUUUGUUUCUGUGUUCUUUUGCAUUCAUUGUCCAGAUGAAAAAGAAGCGAAUAAUAAAGCAUUGCUUUGUUUUGCUAAUUAAGA